AUCAACACUUGUCACAAACAGCCCCUCCUCCUCCUCGCCGCUCCCAGUCGCGUCUACAUCAUCACUCUCCUCUUUCUCCACUCUCCCCACUCCACUCACUGUGAUCACUGUCUCACUUACUCGCUCCCCCCCUCCCUCUCUCGGUCGCUCGUCAUCCCCCAUGGCAGACCCAUCACCUCCGCCGCCUCCCGCCGGCGCACCACCCGCGGCCGCCUCCUCCUCGCCGCUCAUGGCCAACCUCAACCGUCUGAGCCACGCCACAAGCCGCCCCGACCUCCCUCCACACGAGAGCUUUACCUCACGCACCAUCCGCGCAGUCGGGAGCGCCCUCAGUCCCGAACAGGCGUCCGAGGAGCUCGACUCCCUCAUCCUCCGAAACACAGCGCACCGCCGCCCCUCAGUUGCUGUUGACAGCUCAAUCCUGUAUCCCACGCUCGAGCAGCACGGGCAGGCCGCCAACGGGCCUCUUCUCGUCCUCAACCUUGCGGCGAUCAGCCACGUCCCGCUGGCCAUCAGCAACGACGAGCUCCUCGAGGUGCUCCUGCGCCGCCUCGAACCAUGGGUCGGCGAGGACGGCGAGGGCGCUUACAGUCUCAUAGUCCUAGCCGCCGAGGGAGACGGCGACCGCCCACUGCCCGGCGUUGCGUGGUGGCUGUGGCACUGGCGCCGCAUCCCGCGCAAAUUCCGCAAAAACCUCAAGCGCCUAUACAUCGUCCACCCGUCAACACUGACAAGAACCGUGCUCCCGCUCAUAGUGCCGCUCGUAUCCCCCAAAUCCUACGGCAAGGUCAUCACCGUCCCUUCUCUUCUGGCGCUCACGCACCUCAACAUCCCCCUGCGGGGCAUGGACCUGACGGUGCCCACGCUAGUAGAGGAGGCGCGUGUUCUCGCCGAAGACCCGAACGCCGCGCAGCGCAGCAGCGUAACCGACGCCGUCGGCCGGCGGGCGAGCACGUCGCUCGCCGCCCCGCCCGAAGCGGGUGCGAGCGGCUGGGGCGCCUUCUCGAUGCUCUCCGCCGCCCUCGGCACCGCCACGAGCUGGCUGCACCCGAACGUGAGCGCCGCGCUCGCCGAUCGCCCCCCGCCCCCCUACUGGAGCCGGGACAUUGACGCGAUCGUGUCCGAAAACAACGGGCACGUGCCGCGCGUCCUCGGCGCGAUCGGCACGGCGAUCCUCGCGCACUGCGCGUCCACAGAGGGCAUAUUCCGCCGCUCGUCAAACUCGCCCCUCGCCCCCGUUCUCCAGUCCUUGCUCGACCUCGACCUCGACCUCCAACCCCGCCUCGACUGGGCCGCGCUCGCGCAGCACGACCCCCUCCUCCCGCCCCUCAUGCUCAAGCGCGUCGUGUCCAAGCUGCGACCCCCCGUCUUCAUGCACCACCUGUACCCCACGAUCCGCGCCUCGCACACUGUCGCCGACCUCGAGACCAAGCUCAUCCCCGCGCUGUCGCAGGCGCGCGCGCAGCUCCUCGACGUCGUCCUCCACAUCGCCUACCAUCUGCUGCCGCACGAGCGCGCGACUCGCAUGGGCGCGCGCCAACUCGCGCUCAUGUUCGCGCCGUCGCUCAUCUCCGGUCCUGACCCGCGCGAAGAUCUCGCGUUGCUCAUGGAACGCGGCGUGGCCGUGCCCGCCGGCCUGACGCCCGCACGCAAAAGCUCAGACUCGGACCGGACCGGACGCUCGUCCACGUCCGCGUCCGCGUCGCCGCAGGCGGCCGCCCUGCCCCUCCCCGACACCGAGGCGCAGACGCUCGUCGGCGUCCUCGAAAUGUGGAUAACCAACUUGCCGGCCCUGCAUGAGAAAGAGGGGUGCGACUGCGCGAUGAUCGGCAAGGCGUCGCCCGUCACCCCCCUCGCCGGGCAUGGGCCGCACGCGCUCCUCAACGCCCAGAGCGCUGGCGCGCGUGCGCCCCCCGUCGCGACGGCGUCUUGAGUUGGCUACUUCGUGUCUCCGCCAAUGUACCACGGACGAUCGGCUAUUGUUGUAGGGUUAGGACUAUGGAUAAUAUCAGUGCCUGUCGG